AUGAGCGACCACGGGGACGAGGAAGACCGCCGCCUCUUGGAUGAGUCGGCGGCUGACCCCCGAUCGCACGAGUACGACGUCGAAGCCAAGGGUCGACCUGUUCGCUCUACAAGCUCGUCGAUAUGGGUUUCGCUGGGAUUCUUAUUCAUUGCAGUGCUUUUGACAUUGCCGUUUUUGGGAUACGUACGACAUAUGGAGUCAUCUGCCACAGGUGCCAGUCCGCCGGCGAAGCAGCUUGCUAUCCCGCUUCAUCCUGAGAAGCAUGUACGGCGAAGGGCGAAAACGCUCGAGUUUCAUUGGAAUGUGACGUUGGGAACUAUGGCGCCUGAUGGCGUUGAGAAACAGGUGUAUCUUGUGAAUGGUGCAUUCCCCGGUCCAACUAUCGAGGCACGGUCUGGAGACAGAAUCAUUGUCCACGUGCACAACAGUUUGAAAGAUGAAGGUUUGGCGAUUCACUGGCACGGACUACGAAUGAAGGGCUUCAACACCAUGGAUGGUGCUAUCGGAUUUACACAAUGUCCCAUUGCGGCGGGCAGCGACUUCAAGUAUGACUUUAAGAUUGGCGACGACGAGCACGGAACCUUUUGGUGGCACAGCCAUUCUGAAGUUCAAAGAGGUGAUGGACUCUACGGCGGGUUUGUCGUUCACGAACCAAGCGUCAAGUCAAGACAAAAGGAAGCUUUGGUCCUUGUCGGCGACUGGUUCCAUCGGAAGCAGACCGAAGUGUUUGAUUGGUAUUUCGACUGGGGAAGUGUUGGAAAUGAACCCGUCCCUGAUUCUCUGAUAAUCAAUGGCCGAGGACGAUAUAAUUGCUCCAUGGCAGUUCCUGCACGACCGGUUGUUUGCAAGCAGCAGUCCAGUACGGAUUUACUACCCUUACUGCAGAAUAAGCCAAAGGAUGCUGUCAAGUUGAGGGUAGUGAAUACCGGGACCGUGGCUGGCGUGACUCUGAAAGCGGACGGCGCAUCAAUGCAGCCUGUUACGGUUGAUGGUGGCUUUGCAGUGAAUGAGAAACCUGGUCAGUCUGUGGGCAUUCUGUAUCCUGGAGAGCGGGCAGAUUUGUUGGUGAAAUGGGAUGGAGUUGGUGAGCAAAACUACCAGUUUCAUGUCAAUCUGGAUGAGGAAAAUUUUGGAGGCUUUCCAAACCCAGCGUUAGAUCCUAACCACAGCUUCGACGUCUUCCCUACCAGUAUCCAUGCCAGACAGGAAAACAGUCCUCCCAUCAUCUCACCCGACGAUCAGCACCGCGAUCUCACAAAUCUUACUGCGGCUACUACCCCGACGGCUCCCUUACCACCUAAAGCACAGGAGACAAUGGUCCUGUAUUUUAAAACUCAAAUGCUGUCUCGUUUCCAAAAUAAACCCAUGGGUUUCGUCAACAAUACCUCUUGGAAACCGCAAAACCCACCACUGUUAGCAACGAACCGGGACUUAUGGGACGCAGACCAAUUCAUCCCGUUUAUCAACUCCUCCAAAUCGAAGGAUAUAGACAUCGUCAUCAACAACUUAGACGACGGGGCGCACCCCAUUCAUAUCCAUGGAUACUCAUUUUACGUUUUAUCCUCGUUUAGGGCGGAUGGCCGCAACGGAUGGGGCAGUUAUAACCCGUUCGAGAGUGAGCCCCUCGCGUCGAUGAAUUUGGUCAAUCCCGUUAGGAAAGAUACAGUCAGCGUGCCUAGACGUGGACAUGUGGUCAUUCGAGUGAGACCGGAUAAUCCGGGCGUGUGGAUGAUGCACUGCCAUAUGUUGGUGCACAUGGGCACCGGGAUGGUCAUGGGGCUGCAUGUCGGUGGUGAUGAGAGGUAUGUUGGUGUGAACAGGGCUGUAGACGGUCUGUGUACAUGA